ACUUACCACUAAAUCUCAUACACAGGGCCAACAUAUUAUAAAAAUUUCUCCUUUUUUGAGGGGUAUAUUUGCAAUCACUUCGUCCAACUCCCUCUUCAAUCACUCCCCGGAUUCCAACUACGCUCCAGAAACAAUGAAAACCGUUGACAUCGCUCACCGACGUCUUCGCGCUCUCAUUCCCCGCUACCUUUCUACCGCGCCGGCGCCGGCCACCGAAUGCCUCGACGUCUCCACCUCUCUUCUCCGCCUGGCCUCCUUCUCACCCUCCUCCGCCCUCCGCUUCCUCACCGACUCCCUCGCCUCCCCCCACUUCCCAUCCCUCUCCGUCCUCUUCCCCUCUCUUCAACACUCCCUCUCCUCCCUCGACCUCCUUCUCCGCGCCUACUCCGACUCCGGCCGUCCCGACACCGCUCUCGAACUGUUCUACCUCAUGAAAGGCUCCAACUUGAUGCCUACCAUCGAUGCCUGCAACAAAAUCCUCAGCUCGUUCUUGAAAACCAACCAACCUCACAAUGCCUGGGUGCUGUAUGCUGAAAUGUUCAGGUUGAGAAUCUCUUCUAAUGUUAUCACAUACAACAUCAUGAUCAAUUUGCUUUGCAAAGAAGGGAAGCUGCGGAAAGCUUUGGCCUUUGUGGAGUUCAUGGAGGACACUGGAAUCAAUCCCACUGCUGUUACUUUCAACACUAUAAUUCGUGGCCAUUGUGACAAAGGGAAGGUUGGGGUUGCUUUGGAGAUGUUGAAAUUGAUGAGAAGUAAAGCAAUUGAGCCUGAUGAUUAUAGUUAUGGAACCAUUAUUGCUGGAAUGUGCAAAGGUGGGAGGGUUGAGGAUGCAGUCAAGUUGUUUGAUGAAAUGCUGCAAAGAGGAUUGACACCUACUGCCAUGAUAUACAAUGCAUUGAUUGAUGGGUAUUGUAAUAAAGGUUUGUUAGAUGUUGCAUUUGACUAUUGGAAUGAGAUGUCGAGGAGGGAGAUUGAGCCGACGGUGCGCACUUAUAAUUUGCUUGUGCAUGGAUUGUUUAUGGAUGGACGGAGUAAAGAAGUCGAUGAGUUAUUGAAGCAGAUGGAAGGGAAGAGGAUAGAAGCCGAUGCGGUUACUUACAAUAUCUUGAUUAAUGGGCAUUGCAAAGAUGGGAAUGUAAAGAAGGCAUUUCAGCUUUUCGCGGAGAUGUCAAGAAAAUGUGUUAGUCCUACAACAGUCACAUACACAUCACUUAUUUAUGCUCUUUGCAAGAAGGGCAGAGUUGUGGAUGCCGAUAAAUUGUUCAGAGAAGCAGCGAAGAAAGGUUUUUCUCCGGACCUUGUCAUGUACAAUGCAAUGAUUGACGGACAUUGUGCGAAGGGUGACAUGGUGCGGGCAUUUGCUCUCUUGAAGGAGAUGAAGAAGAAAGGUAUCACACCCGACGAUGUUACUUACAAUACGCUAAUGAGAGGGCUUUGCUUGUUGGGAAAAGUUGAGGAAGCUCGCGAGCUCCUUAAUGAGAUGACAACACACGGCAUUAAACCUGAUCUUAUUAGCUACAAUACUUUGAUCAGUGGUUAUAGCAGGAAAGGUGAUACGAAAGAUGCUUUAAAAGUUCGUGAUGAGAUGCUUAGCAAGGGCUUCAAUCCUACACUUCUUACUUACAAUGCGCUUAUACAAGGAUUAUGCAAGAAUGGUGAAGGUGAGCAUGCUGAGGAACUACUCAAAGAAAUGGUGAGAAAUGGUAUCAAUCCUGAUGAUAGUACUUAUAUUUCAUUGAUUGAAGGAUUUGGCAAUAAUGAAGGCCCUAUCAAGGAUGGAAAUGUCUAAUCUUAUGUUUGUUUGAUAGACAUAGAAUCAUUCAGUGGAAAAGUAUUGGUCUUUUCCUGAAAGGAAGGUGUUUGUUACAAUCUCAGAUGAGUGGAAGGUAUUGGGUAAGGAACAAAGCUUAAUCAGUGAUAAAUAUUGACAAGGUUCCAUUGUUGAUUUUUCUGGAAAUGAAUAUGAGAAGAAUUAAAAGAAAUUUCUUGAGAUGAUAAUUGAGUUUGAAAUGGCAAAGGUGCAU